CUGAUUACUGAACGAACACCUCUGAGCAUGUGAGCCCACAGACAACUUGCUUGCUGGUAUUAGUAGCUAAAGUCCCCAUAAGUAUUCCAACUCCCCAUCGCGACAAUUACCUCCUGAUAAUUGUCGCCCGAAAACAUACACCCUCAGCCAUGGCUCCCCAACUAUUUCCCAAGAACCCAUCCGAGGUGAUGGUAAUCCGCAAUGUUACUUCGGACGUGAUCACUAUGAGUUUGCCAUUCGCGAGAUUUGGACGUUUAAAGUUCGGCGGACGAGGAACUCUAGUCAAGUUGGCAUCCGGCGCUAUCGCAGUGUUCUCCCCCGUUUCCCUCACACCAGAAGUCCGCGAAGCCGUCUCAAGUCUAGGCGGUCAUCUCAAGUACAUCGCAGCGCUGGACCUCGAGCACCAUAUCAAUAUCACACCGUGGAAAGAGGCGUACCCGGACGCCGAAAUCAUCGCGCCCGAAGGCCUCUACGAGAAGCGGCAAUCCAACCCUGAAUACAAGGAUGCGCCGUUCCAGCACGUGUUCCGCAAAGAGAACUAUGGCCAGCAGAAAAUCUCCGAAGAGUUUGACUCAGAGUUUGAGACUGAAUACGUGUACGGACAUCCGUCACGGGAGCUCGUGUUUCUGCAUAAGCGAUCGCGCACGCUCAUCGAGGCGGAUCUCUUGUUUAAUCUCCCCGCAAGGGAGCAAUAUUCGAAGACAGGUGAAAGCGCCAGUUCGGGACUCCUUACCAAGAUUAUCAGCCCGUUGCUCUCGACUAAUGCGCCUGCAACAUGGCAGAAGAGGUUUGUGUGGUAUAUACUAUCGAGUGGCGACCGGAAGGCUUUCAAUGAAUCAGUACGACGCAUUGAUAAGUGGGAUUUCAAUCGGUUGAUUCCCUGCCACGGGGAUGUGGUUGAGAGUGGGGCGAAGGGGGUAUUCCGGACGGUGAUGGAGUGGCAUUUGGAAGGGAGAAAGAAUAUCUGAUCGCCUUUCUUUGAUGUCAAUCCGUUUGUCUCUAUCAACUGUGUUUUUAUACUCGUUAUGUAUUGAUGCGGGCGCCAGACUGUACUAUUACUACUAGUGAUAUGGAAUAAUCAAUGUAAUUGUAUCAUACC